AUGGCGGAAGCUUCUACGAUCUUUGAAGCCGCCACUGCAUGUCAUCACAUCUUGAGGACGGCUAUAACAGUCCCACGGCUAAUGCAACAAGAAUGGGCUGAGAAUAGACUCGCAGACUUCAAUCUGUGGGCCAUGGGCGCUGGCGCCUCAAGCACGGGAAAAGCCUCACUGGAUCAUCGGCUACGUGCUAACCCGGAAGCACAUACCAUCUUGCUGAACCUCUUGUUGAUGUUGCAGAUUCUGUUGCAAAAAUGCAUAGACGGAUGUCUCGAGAUUGAAGAGACUGUUGCAGAGCUAUCCGGCCAGGAAUCGGCCAAAAUGAAGGAUGUUGAAGACAGUCUGAACCAACUCACAAGGCUGACAGUUGCCAUCCGAAAAGCCGGAACCAGGUCCCGACUUCAAAAAGCAGACAGUUUGUUUGAUCCCGACGGUCCACAGAUUCGUUCCCUGCGCCGACACCUUGAGUUUCUCAUCCUGGUGCGACCUGACGAGCAUGGAGGCUCCUCUUUCAGCGAAAACCAACUUGACUCGUCGAGAUUGAGCCCAAUUCAAUUACGGCUCAUCCAUGCGAACUUGAAGCGACGCAAUCGCUUCAUAUACGCUCAACAACACGCUCAGAAACUAGAGAACAAUUCGGGACACCCAAAAAACACGCCAAGGGGAAAAUUCGGGUUGGUAAAGCACUCAAGGCAUUUCGAUCUUGCUCAAACGGCCUCCCUUAUGGACGAGGAGAAUACUCUUGCUAAGGAUGACCCGCAAGCUCAGAGUACAACAACUGCCACGGUGGUGGAUGAGAAAAUUGAGAUCCCGUCUGCACAGGUAAUGAGGAAACAUCUGAUGGGAGAUGUCCUACCAUAUACAUGUAUUGUUGAGGACUGUCCCCAGGCAGACAUGUUUUAUACGACUAAAGAGACCUGGCUGAGCCAUAUGGGCGAAGAACAUGGAGACACGGUCCAAUGGGUAUGCCAUGCGUGCUCCCAAAAAAACAUCUAUGCCACCUUCAGAGACCCAGCCGAUUUUACUGCGCAUCUUGAGCAGCAGCAUAGCAAAGGAAUUAAGCCAAGUCAGAUACCUAUGUUGCUUUCGUCAUGGCGGCGUAAAGUUCCUUUCGAAAUAUCCGUUUGUCCACUUUGCGGUUUCCAGAGUGAUGAUCAAACGGCUGUCCUUGAUCACACUGCUGAGCAUGUUCACUCGUUCUCGUUGCGAUCAUUGCCAUGGGCACCGAGGGAAGGGUUGGAGAUUGAUGACGACGAUGAAGAAGAAGAAUACGGGGAAUUUUUUGACGAACAUCCAUAUUUUGACGUUAAUAGUUGCUGGUCAGAACCCUCAGCGACCUCGUCGGGAGAGUCGCAUCUAGCCACGGAUCCGGAGAGCAUUGCAGACUCGGAGUCCGGAGAACCAGCUCAUCCGAUGCACGAGCAGGAGCAGCAGCAACAACAACUACUGACAGAAGACCUUAUCAGUCAAAUGCCCCAUGAUUCCUUAGGGCAAAUAGGUACAAGUGAUUGGUUGAAUUCACUGACUUCUUUCUCCUCCUUCGCUGAACACCGUCUGGGUCUCAUUCUGGCCAACCGGCUGGAGUUGACGGGUGUACUGGCCGUGGAAUAUCAAGGUGCUUUUUACAGUGCCGUGGACAUUCAGACGCAAAUUCAAUAUAUGGUCAAGGCCCUAAGCAAGACUGACCAAAGCCUUCGUGUGUUAAAAUUUCAACAGAGGGAGAUAAGGCUCCACCAUCGCGCUAGCCAGCAUCCUAAUGUGGUUUCUUUGGUUCGUAUCAUGGAUUCUACCGAUUGCACCUAUGUCGUGCUCGAGUUCCUCCCGGAAGGGGACUUGUUCGAAAACAUAGUAGACAAAGGCAACUAUGUGGGCAACGAUCCCUUGGUGAAGCGUGUCUUCAUACAGAUACUUGAUGCUGUCCAGUUCUGCCACUCAGUUGGAAUCUACCACAGAAACCUUAAAGCUGAGAAUAUCUACGUUGCAGACGGGGGCAUGACCGUCAAGAUCGGUGACUUCAGCCUCGCUACGGAGGACUACUCCACCUCCGAUUUUGGCUGUGGUUCGACGUUCUAUAUGUCGCCCGAAUGCCAGCAGGCAAACGCACCUCCAAAUUCAUCCUACUUGAGCGCCCCCAAUGAUGUUUGGAGCCUUGGUGUGAUCCUAGUCAACCUCACCUGUGGCCGUAACCCAUGGAAACGUGCAUCCUUGGAGGAUUCCACGUAUAGGGCCUACAUAAAGGACCCCCUCUUUCUUCAAUCCAUCCUGCCUCUCUCCACCGAGGGAGUUUUUAUCUUGAGCCGCAUUUUUGAACGCGAUCCUUCCACGAGAAUCACCAUUCCAGAGCUCCGCAACUUGAUUCUGGAAUGUCCCCGUUUCACAACAAACGUCAUGACUCCAUAUGUGGCCAGCAGCGUACUUGAUCCUCCUUGGCAGGGUCCCGACGAUUUUGAAGGGCCGAGUUGGUAUGACGAUUUUGAAGAAGGGGGUCAGGACAAUGAUUUUGAAGAAGAGUAUCAGUAUAACUCUGUGCCAGAGACCGUAGGAGAGAGCCAGCAAAGUGAUCCAGAUGAUACGUCUAUAACUUCACCGUUUCUUCAAGAUGUGGAAUGGAUGUAUGAGUCUAGCGGGGGACAGUGA